AAGGAGGCAGGAAAAGAGUGGGGCGAAUGUUGGUGAUCGGAGAGGAGAGAGUAAGGGGUGGUUGAGCACGAGAGAAAACCGCUACGAUGUACCGCAGUACGGGGUGGUGAGCUGCGAGCUGGCUCCUCGACAGUGAAAAACCAGUGAGCUGGAGGACAACCUGACACAAUCCACAGUGAUAUGUUAUCGGGACUGAUGUGUCUUGUCCAAGCGGUUUGCGAUCCGCCAUUUCCAUUCACCAAAAUUCUCAUACGUUUCGAUUCUCAUGAAUCGCAUCAACACGAGUCUUUCAUACCAUUGAACGUGGUAUCAAGUACAACUUCGUUAUUUUACGUAUCUCCUUGAGAAACUGUUCGAUCUUUGUAAGAGGGAAAAAUAUUUUUGUCGUGUGUGUGGAUGUAAUUCAGACAAUCUAUGGGGAUGUCGUAACUUUCGUGUUAUGUCAAGGCCGAUGCAGUAUGUAACAUGUCGAUAUGUCUCACUGGUUCAACCACGGUAUCUCGAUCUUAGACACUUGUCUCUGGAUUUCGCUGGAGGAAAAUGCGCCACAUUACCGCGAUAUUGAAAAUACCGGGUGAUAUUUGUCAGCGGUUAAAUGUUCCGUGAAAUUUCCUCAUGAGCCCUGAUCAGCUGAUUCUUCGUUUCUUCGCCAAUGGCAAUCGAGGCUGUGAAAAUUAUUAACGUUCGACGACGGUGAACGUCGAUUUAAUAUUCAUCAGUGGUUACCUUGAAAACGUUCCAUAUAAUCUUUUCUUAUACUUAUAAUCUCGUAUCGAUCAAAUCCAACAAUGCGCGGUUCGUUCAUGAAACGAGGAAUACGGAGAUUGAUGAAGACGAAGUAGACAGUAACAUUCCAGUGAAUAUUCAUCGAAUUGAUAACUAUUCGUUGUUUACGAAAGAAGGAAAAUCUAUAUCGUGUGUUGUUUUCAAGUGUACGGUCGUUAUUUAUCCGUGAAGCAUAUGACGUUUGUGCUAACGUACAUUCAGAGAUUUACAUUAUGGACGAAAUCUGAAGGUAACAUCAAAAAUAAUUUCGAAACACGCACAGUACUCGGCAAGCCAUAACGAUGCUCUUUCUAGGAGAUUAGUGGGCAAUAUAAAGCUGAUCGCUUUGCAACUUGUCGCAACAUUUCUAAUCAAACGCUUAUAAUAGUUCCCACCAUACAAUCGAAUGUUUCAAUCAAGAACAAUAUGAUGAAAUAAUAUUGCAAUGAUCAUGACCUUAGAUACUGACCAUCACGUGACUUCGUUUAGAUCAAUCAGAAGUCUGCCGUGACAAGAAGCUGCUACCUAUUUUUGUUGAAUGGAAAGCUGGUCGUUAAAACCACAGCGAUCAGUUAAAUCGCCUCUGAGAACGUUAAAGCAAUUUGUUUAAUUAUAUGUUUAUGAUACGUUUCCUUUUGGUCGAUACAACGAACAAGCAUUGGCGGAAGCAUUCGCAUUUGCACAUGGAUCAAAAAGAGUUCUGACAAUGCGUUGUACAAAUAACAAUGAUCAUUUGAAUUCUCUGAAAUUAGCAUCAUUGGGAAUAAUGAGAAUGUAUUUAUCGAAUGUAUCGCGUAGCUUCAGUGCAUCGACUGUUAAUGCAGCAUUAUAAUGUUUAUCGAUAUAAUGGCAAUAACCACGAGAUUGACUGUUAUUUGACAUCAAUUAAAAAGUUGAUAACUGUUGAACGAAACCUUUUUCAGCAGACUUGCUACACUCGUUAAAUUUUUGAAGAUUAUUGUUAAACAUAGAUGAUAGAGGAUACUUAGAGGAUACUUUUGAGAUUGUUGUUGAAGUUGCUCACAUUUGAUAGUUACGCUAGAUUGGUUAAUAGCUGUUGCAUAGUUAUGCAAUAUAUGCGAAACGUUAUUUCGCACCUAUUUUUAAACAAUUUUCCUUACAUUGAUAUUGCAUUUAUGUCGAGAAUAUACAGAAAUAUAUCGAAAUGUUGUAAUGAUUUUGAUCGUAAGGCAUAGAGUAUAUUGUAAGAGCACUGCACUUGUUAACUGGGGUCACCAGCCCUGAGAAAUUUCUAAAAUACGAUUCUGUCGAUCGAUUCUAAACGAAAAUUUGCAUUUUUCAAUCGAAGCGUAAUUUCACGUUUCAUCCAAACGUUCUACGAAACGUUUAAUAAAGCAAAUUUCAAAGUGGAUAGUUAUUAAUUUCCCACGCUUAAUUGCCAAUAUUUAACUCUUAAUUAAUUAAUUGUAAACAUACAUUAUAUAGAGGUUACAUAGUUUACACGUUCCAGCGAAGUUAAGAGAAAUUCAAUUAACGAAUUCCUCCAAUUCGAAAGCAUUCGGACAAACUUUUACAGUCGGAGAACAAUUUAUUUGAUCGUUUGCACGAGAGAACGUUUUCGAGAGAUAAUUCCAACUUUUGUCAACGACCUGCAAAGGAAGAAUAAUAUGUUCCUAAGGAUGUAACGCUUCGCCACCGAAGGUGGCAAUCAUCGAGUUUGAUACAUCAAGCGUAUCGAUUAGAAAUUAUAUUGAUACCUCGAAGCGAGUACAAAUUGCUUUCGAAGUGAUUAAAUUCAUAACAUAAAGAAUUCCUAAUAUAAAUCGUUUUAAGGAACAGAAAGAAGCAAAAGGAGAAAAGGAUUAAAAAAUCAAAAUCAAUAUUCAUAAUAUAAAUUAUCGUAAGGAACAGAGGAAAGCAGAAAGCAAAAAAGGAUCAAAAAUAAAGAAUCAAAUAAUUACAAUAUUCGAUUCUAUAUCGUGAUUUUAUUAAUCUGCUAAUCAUGAUGGAAAACGAUUUCAAGUUGUGCGAUCGGUUUGACUGUUUGAAAGUAAUUCGCGAUUUAUUGAAAUACGACGUUUGGACGCAUCAUAUUCCCAUGACGUAGUCCGCAAUGUGAGGGUGGCAAUUUGAGGAUGAUGUUAUCGGAGGGACAUCAUAGAUCGAUUCGUACGCUAGUUGUACGAUCACGCGCAACAAAGUGAAGCUUCCACCAGGAAAGAAGGAACAUCGGGCGAACGAGUCGGCGUUCCGUCAACUGUUCGCCCUGUUUCAUCAGCGUAAGCCUCGGGAUCCUCUUCGAGGCCAAAACGCUGCCUCGUCGGUUCCUUUACUCGAGAUGGGCGCUAGAGCAUGGGACUACGAGGCACUGCCGGAACUCCAUACCUCGGCGGCCGUCACACCUACUUCCACGCCGCCAAAUGCACAGCAGAAGACGCAUCCGCCGAGGGUCUACUUCCAGGCAGAGAAUUUGGCCUCCACCAGGAGACGGAGCAGCUCAAGGUUACUCGCUCCUCAAUCCUCCUGCAGGAGACGCAGCAGAAGCAUGAGUGCAUGGGGUGAUCUGUCGAGAUCGUCGUUCAAACUCGAUGAGAGAGUUCGUGUUGAAUAUUACGUGAACGAAAACACGUUCAAGGAACGACUUCAGCUGUACUUCAUCAAAAAUCAACGUUCGAGUUUGAGGAUACGAUUGGCUAACUUGUUCUUCAAGCUACUAACAUGCUUCUUAUACAUAUUCAGAGUGAUCACCGACAACGAUCCAACUUACGCAGCAUGUUACGGUUGCACGCCCGGCAACAAAACCGAGUUCCUCGCAUCCCAGAAUCUUACCGAGGAGGAAUUUCAAGAGCACCCGACCAUCAACUGGGACGCGAUUUUAUGGGUGAGAAGGCCAUUGGAAUUGUGGGUCGUCCAGGUGAUCCUGGCAAUAGUAUCACUUACGGAAGCAUUGCUGCUCGCCUAUCUGGGUUACAAGGGAAACAUCUGGCAGCAGCUUCUCUCUUUCCACUUCAUCCUGGAACUAGUCAACACCAUUCCGUUCACGAUCACGCUACUUUAUCCACCAAUGCGAAAUCUGUUCAUCCCGGUAUUCCUAAACUGCUGGUUGGCAAAACAUUCAUUGCAGAAUAUGUUCAACGAUCUACACAGAGCUAUGCAAAAGUCCCAAUCAGCUUUAAGUCAGCAACUUAUGAUCCUUAGUGCAACGUUACUGUGCCUUGUCUUUACUAGCGUAUGUGGGAUUCAACACUUCCAGAGAGCGGGGCACAGGCAUCUGAAUCUGUUUCAAAGCACAUAUUACGUUGUAGUCACGUUUUCUACGGUCGGUUACGGGGAUUUUGUACCUGACAUUUGGCCCUCGCAGCUUUACAUGGUCAUCAUGAUCUGCGUUGCUCUCAUAGUUCUACCUACUCAGUUUGAACAGUUGGCUUUCACGUGGAUGGAAAGACAAAAACUAGGUGGCUCGUAUUCCUCGCACAGAGCGCAAAGCGAGAAACACGUGGUGGUAUGUAGUACAACGCUGCAAGCCGACACCAUCAUGGAUUUUCUAAAUGAAUUUUACGCCCAUCCCCUUCUACAGGACUACUACGUUGUAUUAUUGUCACCUAUGGAGCUGGAUACCACGAUGAGAAUGAUUCUACAAGUGCCCAUUUGGGCGCAAAGGGUAAUCUAUAUUCAAGGAUCGUGUUUGAAAGAUAGUGAUCUUACCAGGGCGAGAAUGAACGAGGCCGAAGCCUGCUUCGUUCUUGCUGCGAGAAAUUACGCUGACAAAACCGCUGCUGACGAGCACACGAUACUCAGAUCGUGGGCAGUGAAGGAUUUUGCACCAAACGUUCCUCAGUACGUACAAAUCUUCCGUCCGGAGAACAAACUUCACGUGAAGUUCGCGGAACACGUGGUGUGCGAAGACGAAUUCAAGUACGCCCUUUUGGCGAAUAAUUGCACGUGCCCUGGUGCUUCAACCUUGGUUACUCUUCUACUGCACACUUCCAGGGGACAAGAGGGACAGCAAUCGCAAGAAGAGUGGCACAGGCUGUACGGUAAAUGUUCCGGAAACGAGAUUUAUCACAUUAUUCUCGGAGAUUCUCGAUUUUUCGGCGAGUACGAGGGUAAAUCCUUCACUUACGCGUCCUUUCACAGUCAUCGUAAAUAUGGGGUGGCAUUAGUCGCGGUCCGCCCAGCGGAACUUCCGGAAUUUUACGAAGAUACCAUCCUUUUAAAUCCUGGUCCGCGACACAUAAUGAAGAAAACGGACACCUGUUACUACAUGAGCAUUACAAAGGAGGAGAAUUCGGCGUUCGUGGUGGCGAACAACCAAACUGGAACCGUGGCGGAGGGUACGCAAGUGGUCGUAGAGACGAAGACCGAUGGGACCGGAAACAUGAACAGUAAUUCGGCCAGUAACACAACAACGAACAACACCACUACCACGAUGAACUCUGGCACAGGGGCAGGCACUACGACGACAACGACGACGACGAUCUCUACCAGCUGCACGAUCGCCGGUGGUGAUGGGAACGGUACUGCAAACAAGCCCGGUGCCAACGAGCACCAUCGUUAUUCCAACAGUUGUAACAAUGCGCUGAACGAAACAGCUUGCUGCAGACAGGAGACGACCUGCACGGGGCCCCGUGGACAGAACGUACACGGUACACAGGCACACAGGGCCCCACAGGUUAUUUUGCAGGUCCUCCCUAGCACGCCCACACCACUCGAACACCACAACAUACUCGCAUCCAAUGUCCACCCAACCUAUUUAGACCCAGGAGGAUUUGGAGAUUCGCGACAGUGUUUGAAAGAUGGAGGAUCCUCGCCGCAGACACCGAUAACCGGAAAUCAUUUGGACGUUCCACGAUCCUUAGAUCCGAAUCCCAAUCUGCUCAGUCCCGAAAUCCUCACACAAAGAAGAGGAAGUAGGAGACCGAGCAUUUUACCAGUUCCGGACAUGUUAACGAGCUCAACCUUGCAUCUUCCCGGUCAAGAGUCUUUAGACCACGAAGGUGACGAGUCUGAGGACGAAAUGGACGACGACGUACCUUGGAGAUCGCCCAGCGAGAAAAUAGCUUUCAAAGGGAUCGUUAAAGGAUUUCCACCUGUUUCACCCUUCAUAGGGGUCUCGCCAACUUUAUGUUAUUUACUGAAAGAAAAGAAACCACUCUGCUGUCUUCAGCUUGCACAGGUGUGCCAACAUUGUAGCUACAGAAACGCGAAAGAGUACAAUUGGCAGAAUAAGACCAUUAUCCUGGCAGCUGAUUACGCUAGUAAUGGGAUCUAUAACUUCAUAAUUCCUUUAAGGGCUCAUUUUAGGUCAAAAACUUCGUUGAACCCAAUCAUUCUUCUGCUGGAACGGACACCGGAAAUUGCGUUCCUCGAUGCGGUGUCUUACUUUCCUUUGGUAUACUGGAUGCGAGGUACUAUCGAUUGUUUGGACGAUCUUCUUCGCGCUGGUAUCACUCUAGCGGAAAAUGUCGUCGUCGUAAACAAGGAACUUAGUAAUUCCGCAGAAGAAGACACUUUGGCUGACUGCAAUACCAUCGUCGCGGUUCAGACGAUGUUUAAAUUCUUCCCUAGCAUAAAAAGCAUAACGGAGCUCUCACAAUCGAGUAAUAUGCGUUUCAUGCAAUUCAGGGCACACGACAAGUACGCUCUUCAUCUCAGUAAAAUGGAAAAGAGAGAAAAGGAAAGAGGCUCGCACAUAUCUUAUAUGUUUCGAUUGCCUUUUGCGGCUGGCAGUGUCUUCAGUGCUUCUAUGCUGGAUACACUUCUUUAUCAAGCAUUUGUUAAAGAUUAUAUGAUAACGUUCGUGAGAUUGCUGUUGGGUGUGGAUCAAGCGCCAGGCUCUGGAUUUUUAACAUCGAUGAGAAUUACGAAGGACGACAUGUGGAUCAGAACCUAUGGUAGAUUAUAUCAAAAGCUGUGUUCGACUACUUGCGAAAUUCCCAUUGGUAUUUACAGAACGCAAGACACCACAGUUUCAGACACGUCUCACGGCGACUCAGACGCGGAGAGCGAUGCCGGCGUCGGCGUGACGUACAAGGUGCGUCAUUCGGCGGCAGCUUCGUGCCUUGCGAAUUGCGCCACCCGCGACAAGGGUGCCUCAGCUCAGUACUCCGUAAGCCUCGGGGACGAGGCACGAGACAACCACGCCCAGCAGAUUGAGAGAGCCGAGAUCGCCAACUUGGUCCAUUCCCGAAUGGAGUCGUUGAACCUCCCAGUAGCCGAUUACGACGACGUCUCCGAGAAACGAAACAGCCUCUCCUACGUGAUCAUCAAUCCCAGCUGCGAUCUGAAGCUCGAGGAAGGUGACAUCGUGUACCUAGUUCGACCAAGUCCGUUCUCCGCGCAGAAGACUUUCGAACGACACAAUUCAAGGAGGAAGAGCAACAUCAGCUUCUGUUCGGCCCAACUGGUAUCGCAAAUGAGCGCAGCGGUGGCUUCGGCCGGUUUACCGGGAGCUGGGGCAGGAAGUCGUCGAGGAUCGGGAAUCGGUUUGCCAAGAGCUCCUCCGUUGAGCACCACCAAAUCGAAUUCCUUGUCCUUACCAGACAGUCCGACGGUGGCUGGCGCUCUACGUGGUCGUUCCAAUUCUCUGAGAGUGGUCGACGACAUUCUGCUGAGACGUAGCAACUCGUUGAGGCAAGGACUGACGAUAAGUAGAAGAAAAAGCAGUUUAGAAGACAUAGGUUUAGGUGCUCUGUCGCAUCCCUCGAACCACAACCCGAUUAAAAUAGCGCUGAAUGGAUCCAUUGGUCUGGAAGUAACUCCACCUGAGGAAGGCUCCCAGACAGCUAUAGCUAGCAACACAGGAAUCCUGGACGUUGGUCUGCCUUCUAUGCCAGAGUUGACCGCUGCCCUGGGAUCCAAUAUCGAUCCUUGCCUAGGUGGAUCUCUAGGUGGAUUGUACGAUCCUCCGAAUCUUCAGGGCCCGUUAGGUUCACAGUCGCCGCAGAUCCAAGGCGGUACGCAGGAUCCUCAGUACAUACAGGGGACGAUCGUAUGAUAUAACCUUAUGUGGGGACGCAGGUUCUCCGGCAUGGUGCGAAACAAAUGGCUGUAGCGUUCCCACAUGACACGUCAAGAUCACUAGUUGGGAUGUUGAUUCUCAGCAUCCUGAUUGCCGACGAUUUUGGUGGGAUUAAAUGGUAGUGACGAUAACGAUGAAUUACGAGGCGGCCGGAGAGCAAAGGUGUUUCAAUGUCACAGAGGAGGAUGGCACACUGUGGCCGGACUUUUAUGAUUACGGUGAACAGCUUAGAAGAAUUUUUUACUCCGUUCUACUUUGGUAGUUUGAGUUUAGCUUAGCGGCGAUGGUAGAACGAAGAUAUUUGACUCGAACCAUCGGGGACCUAAGCGUUGCGACGUCGUAUAGUCGCGACUGUGAUACGUCAGAACGCUGAUUCUUCGUUUUCUACAUUUGGAUGGAACUGGGCGUUAGUCGUUGUAACGUGACUCGUAUUAAGUAAUCGUUACAAGCCAUAAUCGUAAUUAGCCGAACAAAUGAUCUAAUUACGUUUGUUCAAAUGAUAAAUUAUCGGUUGAUCUCUGAUAAACCUAUCGACUUCUUCUCGUUCGAUAUAUACGUAAUUCUGAUUUAGCGUUACUGAAAAUUUCAAAGUUUAAUACGAAUUUUAAAUUAUUUAAAUUAGUACAAAUAAAUUGAAUCAUAUGUAGAAGCGUUAUUCGAUUGAAAAUUUCGUUCGAACGAUGCCCAGUUCAACCAACGUAUAGUUGUUUCAACGAAGGUACGAUACUAUGUUAAUACUAAUUCUCUAUUUGUAGAUAGUGCGAUCACGCGUUUCGAGCAACCACAAUUUGUUGCGAGUUUCGUUUUACAAUAUCCAUUGAUAUAUCUCAUGGCGUGUGUAGUGGUCUAUGUUCUUAAAACGUUUUGCUCUCUAGUCGACUCUAGCGUCCCGACCUCCGUGGAUCCGAUCGAAAUUUUCAGCGAUCCAAAACGACGACGAGUAUAUGCUAGAUGAAGAAACUCGCGGUAACGCGUGCCAGAGGUCCAGUGACGCAGUUAAUCAAUUCGAGAAAUUAUUAAAACGAAGAAGAAAAAAGCUUGCGACGAUGGACAAGAUUUAACGACUCCAUGAUACAUUUGAAAAUUGAAUGAAAUAUUAUUAAUUCUAUCGUUAAAUAUUUAAAAUAGUAUAAUUUCUUUUUGUUCGAUAAGAAAUUGAAACCCAAAAAUUUAUAUCAGUACGAAAUUACAUAAAUAUAAAAUUGUUUAGAGCAUAUGACACACAUGCAGAUUAAUCAGAAAUUUAUUUAUGAACACAAAAGCAUUGAAAACCUCUUAGCACUUUAACGUUAUAAAUUAUGUAUCAUUUUUUACCACUAAUAACGUUCGAAACCAAGAUAAUUUUGAUUUUUAUAAGUGUCCAAUACAAUAGUAAAAUUUUUUAAUAUUUUCAACGAUGACAUUUACUUUUGUAAACAUUUUUGUACCUUUUGUAAGGUACUUUUAUACCUCUUAUUUUGUACUCAAUCAUGAGUUUGUGAAUACUUAGUAGAUUCUGAAUUUGCUAUCAUUUUAUCGGAUAAAAAGAAAUGACAAAACACGUAAAUAUACACUGACACGAAUUUUUUUGAGCAACGUAACAAGUAUCAGCAUGUACGAUUUUUGCCCGUAUGUGGUAAAACGAACAGUUUAUAUACGAUAAUAUUUAGUAUACAACGCUGAAGAAAAUAAAUUCUUGUCCUUCGUCACACGUGAUAGCCGACAGAAGUAGGUAAGAAGAAAGAAACGUCUCCCUAGUGCAAACCCCGAUUCUUACGUAGAGUCACGUUCUCGGGGUGAACGUGAGAUAAUUUUAUACUAGAACCAAUUUACGACAAGAGUAUAUCUUAUAAAUAUGAUUAUAAAUAUAAAUACAUGACCAUUUUAAUCAUAUCAUGCGAGGAACUCAGAAAAACACCGAUUGGUGGAGGAUCGUUAUACGUCUAGAGAAGAUGAACAGGAUAGGACCUAUAAGAGCGAAGAAUUGAGAAUAAAGUUUCGCUUUGACAAGUAAAUGACAAGUUCACAUUGGUAAAAUGAUUUUCAAUGGUUUGAACUCGGAUAAGAGUUGAGCUAAAACUGAGUAAUUUGAACGAAGCUUGAUAAAAAUUCUUCGAUUAUAAUGGUCCGUAAGCCUGGUUCUACGUUUGCGAAAUAAUCGAAAUAAUCGACUAAUAAACACAAAAGAUAAUCGUCUAGUCGAAAUUGUAGUUGCCAUUCGAUCGAACGAAGGUUACUCACUUUUAAGCAAACGCGAUCUUUACUUCUCUUCUUAUGAUUAGUUCGAAACAAGGCAAUCCUCGUUGAAAUCUUUUAUCGAAGUCCUUCGAGUUUAUAAUGUUUAAUCAGACGAAUUGUUUGUUCUUAGCGAUGAAAGAGAAACAAGAAUCAAGAGAAAAAAAAAGAGAGUAAAGUUUCGACAAUCCGUUUAAUCAGUUAGGUGAAUACGUAGCCGUCGUUAGUAACGACUUAAUUGUAUCUAUAUAUUAUAUUUCUUGACUCAAUCGUUUCUCGACCAAUUUACACGUUUCUCCGACCAAACGUCAUUUUAUCGAGUACCUGCUUCGAUGCUGCUUCCGCUACGCCCGGCCCGUUUUGUCGUUCGAUUAUCAGCGAUCGGAUUAGCUUCAUCUUUUGGUUCUUAGUCGAAGAAUAUUGUCAAUAUACUAUAAUCGAUGAAUUUCGUAUACUACUCAAAUUCAUCGAACUAUAUCGAAAUACGAAACAAUUUCCAAAAACAAUCAUUGUAAAAGGCCCAGCGUGGAACGUUUUCCGAGCACGAGCCCGAUUAAAGCCAAACAGAUUCUGCAUUUUUCGUUAUAGAGCAUAAAUGAAGCGAAUCGAUCGAUCUCCCCGUCAAUCCUUAUAGUUCACAUAAUCAUUAUUCUAUUUAGCCAAAUAUGCAAAUGAAUUUUCUGUAGCGAUAAAUCGUUGAUCUGGCCGCGAGCAUUUUACACUCUCUUCGAUAUAUUUCUCUGGCCCGUUUUUUCAGCCUCUUUGACUUUCUCUCGCUCAUUAACUCUCUGUCUUUCUCACCUUGAUUAGCGUAACGAAACCCGUCCCGUCUACGUACAUCGACCAUCUUCGUCGACGUUGAUGGCUCGUAGAGUUUAGUACACAGUUUGAGACGCAGCCGUGGUAUUUUUCAACGAUGAUUUUCUACGAUCUAACGACCGAUGAAAGCACCGAAAACGAAAACGAGUCUCUGGUUAAUCCAGAGAUCUGUACGUUAUGCUCUGAUUAUGAAAACUCGAUGCGAAGGAUUCUACAAGCGUUUAGUUUAAUAAAAGACAGAAAGCAUGUAGAAGUUCGAAAAGUAUAGCUAUAACGUGGUAACGAAUGAAAACACGUGUAUAAGCUUUUCAAAGUUCGAGGACAUCGAUGGAUGUUGAUAAGCUCGUAGCACUCGUGAUAAAUAUUCAUACGUGGCAAGUUUUUAUUUAAUCUUCUGUAACGUGAUGCAGUGAAAUGUGGAUUAUCGACGAUUAAUAUAUCAAUUAAUGGAACAUUCGAUUAAUCGAAAAUUUAGAGAUGCACUUUUGUAGGGGAAAUUGAAGAACAAGAAUAGAAGUUGAAAGAAAUUGUUACAUUUUUAUGCAAAUGAUUCUUUUUUCCUGUUCGAUAUUAGGUGAUACUUGUGAAAUAAAUUCAGAUUUUUUUUUAGAAGAUUAAAUAAGAACUCAAUAGCUUCGUGUUAAGAAAACGAAAUUGCAAAACAUGAUACACAAACACGAUUGAAACAAAAAUUACGAAAUUUCGACAGAAAUCUUCUUGCGGGAGAAAUUCCUGUGAAUCUUGUAUUUUUCGAUACUAAAGGGAUUCUGCUACCUAUAUCUUUACCGACUCAACGACCGAAGUGAAAACGAAAAAAAAAAAAACAGAACAAUAAAAGCAUAAAAAAA